AGCUGCAAAAGGCGGGCCGAGAGGCGUUUCGGUUUGAUUUCGCCUGCCCACGCCGCCGGGAGGGGAAGACCGGCGACGCAUCACCCAUCUACCCAUGGCGGCAGCGACGCUCCCAUCCGCCUCCGCCAAGGCGGCGGUCCGGAACCUAGGCCGCGCCGUGUCCUCGCGCCAACCGCUCCUCCUCCUCCUCCACGCCUCCUCCCGCCGCGGCCUCCUCCCCCACCCCCUCGUCGCCUCCGCCAAGUCCCAGGGCGCCCACCUCCGACGCCCGCUUUCCGUCUCCGCCUCCGCGGCCGCCACUGGAGGGAACAACGGCGCCGCACCGCGCGCGGCAGAGAGGGAGUACGACUACGACCUCUUCACCAUCGGCGCGGGGAGCGGGGGCAUGCGGGCGUCGCGCGUUGCCUCCGCCCUCUACGGCGCCCGCGCCGCCGUCUGCGAGAUGCCCUUCGCCACCGUCGCGUCCGACGCCCUUGGCGGCGUUGGUGGAACAUGUGUGCUUCGUGGCUGUGUUCCGAAGAAACUGUUGGUGUACGCAUCCAAAUACUCUCAUGAGUUUGAAGAGAGCCGUGGCUUUGGGUGGGUGUAUGGGACUGAUCCAAAGCAUGAUUGGAGAACUCUGAUAACCAACAAAAAUUUGGAGUUGCAGCGUCUUGUGGGGAUUCAGACAAAUACACUGAAGAAUUCAGGGGUUACUGUAAUUGAAGGCCGCGGAAAGAUUGUUGACCCACAUACUGUCAGCGUGGAUGGCAAGCAUUACACUGCCAAAAACAUACUUGUAGCUGUUGGCGGUCGGCCAUCCAAACCAAACAUCCCAGGAAUAGAGCAUGUCAUUGAUUCUGAUGCAGCAUUGGAUUUGCCUUCCAGACCUGAGAAGAUUGCAAUAGUGGGAGGUGGAUAUAUUGCUUUGGAAUUCGCUGGUAUUUUCAAUGGCUUGAAGAGUGAUGUUCAUGUUUUCAUCCGCCAAAAGAAAGUGCUGAGAGGCUUUGACGAGGAGGUCAGGGAUUUUGUUGCAGAACAGAUGUCUUUGAGGGGUGUCAAAUUUCAUACAGCACAAAGUCCUGUAGCAGUAACUAAGUCAGAUGAUGGUUUGUUGUCUCUGAAGACAAACAAAGAAACUGUCAGUGGGUUCUCACAUGUCAUGUUUGCAACAGGUCGAAAGCCAAACACAAAGAAUUUGGGUCUGGAAGAUGUCGGGGUCAAAAUGGAUGAGCAUGGUGCUAUUGUGGUUGAUGAGUAUUCUCGGACUUCAGUUGAUUCAAUCUGGGCUGUUGGGGAUGUCACCAAUAGAUUGAACCUAACGCCAAUUGCAUUAAUGGAAGCUGGGGCAAUAGCAAGGACCAUUUUCGGCGAUGAACCUAUCAGAGCAGAUUACAGUGCCGUGCCAUCUGCUGUGUUCUCUCAGCCGCCAAUUGGGCAUGUUGGCCUUACUGAAGAUGAGGCUACUGAAACAUAUGGUGAUAUUGACAUCUACAUAUCAAAUUUCAAACCCAGGGCAACUCUUUCUGGUCUACCUGAUCGUGUGUUUAUGAAGGUUAUUGUGUGUGCCAAAACAAACAAAGUCCUUGGAGUGCACAUGUGUGGUGAAGAUGCACCUGAGAUUAUUCAGGGUAUUGCAAUUGCUGUUAAGGCUGGGUUGACGAAGCAAAAUUUUGAUUCCACUAUUGGUGUUCAUCCAACAACUGCUGAGGAAUUUGUCACAAUGAGAAACCCAACUAGGAAGCUCCGAAGACGCACUACUGCUGAGGCAAAGACUAAAGACAAGGCUGCAAGUCAGAAAUAGCUAUCACUCGUUUACAGUGAGGCAUCCAAACCUGGUCAUUUUUUAGCUUUGGGAACAAGAGGUGGGUAACUGUAUAGCAGAGUAGCAUUUGGUGAAGAAUCCACAAUUGCAGCUGCUGAAGAAUGAAAAUGUAUUAUAACAUUGAUCAACUGUCUCAUAUUGCAUUACUUUGACAACACGGUUGAAAUACCUAGUGUAGAAAUUGCAUUACUUUUGCAGUGUUUUGUUGAAAUACAUACUGAAGAAGUGGAGAUCUUGGUAUAACCACAAAGAGUAUUUAGAUGGUUUUCUUCUGUUGGGGUAUAUCCAGUUUACUGGCCUAUAUGCAUGCACAUGCAUCAACCCUUUUUUUUUUCUUCCUUCCAGACACGCUGAAGUAACUAUUAUUUUAGUUUUUUUCGGGUACUGUAUAAGUGUUGUCAUCGUGCCUUCUCUUGUGUAUAUGUUUUUCUCGAAACAAACUCUUUCUGUAUAUGUUUUCAUCAUCAGAUAAUAGCGUGCCAGCAUAUAUCAAUACAUACUUAGGCCACUCAGGAGACCAACAAAAGGUUGAAAAAUGAAUGAUUGUAAUGGUUGAAGCCUAUAAAUAAAGUGAAUGAUUUUAGAGUUAAGGGUCGCAGAAUGUAAUAGUGUGACACUUGCAGAUUGAAAAGGGUUAUUGUUCUUUC